GAGAAAAUUUACAGAGCUCAUCCAUUUUGUAUCGGGUAAUGUAAGGAUGAACUGAGCAUGGCUGUUGGUGUAUUCGUAGUGAGCUUCAUCUUAGUUUCUCUGUUCAUACCUCUCGGUUAUCUGAUCGUUCCACCAAAGACACCAGUUUUAUCUGGGUUUGAACCUGCUGCUAUCGGCUCCUACCGUACACUCGUCUGUGAUGCGUCUCAACCUGGCGCGGGGACCAUCACCUAUAAAUGGUAUAAAUACUCGAUUGAGAAUGGUGUGCAGGACUGGGAGAGUAGAGGACCCAUUGGUACAAGUCAGAAAUAUGUCUUUAGUCCAGUGACUGAGAAGAAAGUGUUCUACACAGGUAACCCUGAAGAGCCUGUCAGUGGCAAGUACCUGUGUCGAGCAUCGAACUCGGCCGGAACAAGAGACAGCGAAUGGGGAGAUCUGUAUGUCUGUCUAUACACCAUGUUCAUUGUAUACUGUGAGUGUUUCACCACCCAAACCUGCAAUCGGAAGUACAUUCACCCUCAACUGUAACAUACCCAAUCCAAGUGGAUUGACU